AUGGCGUGGGACAGUGGAUUCGCGCGCGACCUUUUCGUUCCUAGGGACGCCCGCAACGCUCGACUCCUGCGAGCUGGAUAUGCCGAGUUCCUGGGGACGUUGCUGUUCCAAUUCCUCGUGGGUUUCACGGGGACGGAUCCCUUGGCGUCCGGCCUUUCUUACGGAAUCCUCGUCUACUCCACCCAGCAAGUCAGCGGAGGUCACCUCAACCCGGCAAUCACUCUGGCUGCCACCCUGAGCGGGCACUUCAACUAUGUCACCAGCAUCGUGUACAUCAUCGCACAGAUUGUUGGCGCAGCCAUUGGAGCAAUGCUGCAGGUCGCUCUUGUACCAGGCAUCCACUGGGGCCAGCAGCCGUCCUCGCCAGGCUGCUAUGACCCCAACCCUGCCCUGACCGGCGUUGAGACGUGGGCCUGGGAGACCAUCCUCACCUUUGUGCUCAUCUACGUGGUCUACGCCACCGCCAUCGCAUCCCCCGGCCACGGAUCGCUGUCGCCCCUGGCCAUCGGGCUCACUGUUUAUGUUGCCACUGUUGCAGGCAAGUGCCAGGCCAAUACAAGCGGCAACUGGACUGGGGCGUCCCUGAACCCUGCAAGAGUCCUGGCCGGCCUGAUUGUGUACGGCUGCAACCUACAUGGCAUCUGGUGGAUCUACCUGCUUGGCCAGAUCGUCGGCGCUAUCCUGGCAUCUGCGGUGGCAGCAUCAGUCUUUGGCUGGGGCAACGGAUACACCGAUGGGGAUGAGGCCAGGCGCGACCCUCUGCUGCGCAGCCGCGAGACAGGAGAGAAUGUGUAA